AUGCGACCCAACCAGCAGCGGACUCGAGGCAAGCCUCGUUCUGGUCUCGGCUCCAUUGGUGGGUUUUCCAGACGGACCAGCGUCUUUGGCGGGAGCUAUUACGGUAGUGCCUAUUCCCCGAGUAUUGCCCUCAGUCGGCGCUCCUCCCUCGCACCGGACGGACGGGAUUAUCUGUUCUCGCCUACAGGCUCUGUCAUGUCGCGAGCUCCGAUCCCCGUCGAAAACCCCCGACCGGUCGUUCGCCUGCCGCCUGCGAACCAGCCAUUCAUUGGGCAGGAGAGCUACCCUAUGCCGAUGCCCAUGCAGCCGAACGAGACGUCCAUCAACGAUUUGCCGCAGCCGCAGACGCACCCGUUGCCCCAGAAGCCUGCGUUCCAGGAGAACCGCCCGAACCAGAUACCCAUGCACCAGCCUCGCCCUCAAAAGGCCGUCUCGGUCACGAACAUUGAGUCGCCGACCCUCAACCAGGGUCCUCAAGCCUUCCAGCAGGCAUUCCACCAGCAGGUCCCUGUGCAAGUUUCCAACGGCCAUCCUCAGGACGCGCACUCACGGCAGCCGUCGUACCCCACGCAGCAUUCUACUGGCACACCCCUGUCCCAGAUCCCGGAGAGGGCGAUCCACGCUGCUCCUUUCCAGCCGAACACCUUCCAGCAACAGAACUUCUACAACCAGCCCUACCCAAUGAUGCAGCAGCAACAGCCGUAUUACUACCCCGGACAGUACAACGGCAACAAUAUGGGUCCGCCGGCCACGGCUACGUCAUUCGUUCCAUCGGGACAGCCGGGCCAGGGCCAAGGGUUCCCUCCCCAGGCCCAGCCGAACCCCGCGGCGACGCAAGCAAAUGGACAGGCACCCACCGGACCCAACUUGGUCGCCCAAGAGGUCAACGGCAUGGUGUACUAUUACGAUGCCACCCAGAUGCCGCCCAUGAACGCCUAUCAGGGCUACCAACCCCCGCCACAGUUUGGCCCUGGUGUCAGCGGUAUGGGUGGAAUGGUGACGCCGAGUCCCGACGGGUUCUACUAUCAACAACCAGCCCCUGGAAUGGUGUACUACUCGCAGUAG